AUGAUUCACUCUAUUUGGAACGACGUCUGUCAACAACCAACGCUUGCUGCCAAUCAUCAACAUUACGAAAAGCAUGUUUCGGAUUCAACGGCACAGCUACAGCAAUGCAUUUCAAACAUCCUCGCCCUACUAGACGAUCGUGCCAGUGUCUUGACUCGUUGUGUCAACUUUGCUGCUGCUCUUCGUGAUGCAACUGCCAUGCAAGAAAUCUCGCCAAUGUCACCUCUUGGCUAUUUACGUGCAGCCACCAUUUACAGCGAGCAAGGUAAACAACAAGAUGCUAUAACGAGUUGCUACAAGGGACUCAAUGCUCUUGAUAUCAAUGAUCCUGGAUACAGCAAACUUGAAGAGACCAGACUAGUUGCUACGCAACGUACCGCUCGCCGUAUUGAUUUUAUCAGCCAACUACCACUUGACAUUGUGUUGCAUGUGCUUUUCCCGAUGCUUAUGGGUGAUGAUAAUGAUGAUGGCGUGUAUGACGACUGGGAUCUAUGUCCCUAUUUGGAUGUGUCAAGGAUGUGGUUUGAGCGGCUCUUUCAGGCAUGCAGCGGUGAAUUUCAUUUCAAGCUUAACACUAACCGCCCCAGCAACCGGAUUACUCGAUAUGCACAACAUACGAUGACAUUACGUAUCAACUCCUAUUCUCUGGGAAAUUGGUAUUCUGAUUUUUUGCGUGAUGCAAACCUGUGCUCUUUGUGGGAGAUAAAGAUUACAGGUCUCCAUGCUAUUAAGGAUGUGGAUUAUUUUGUUUCAUCAUUAAAAUCCGUCGGCAAUACUUUGACUCAAUUGACUAUUAUGAGCCGGCCAAGCAGACCCUUUGCUCCAAGAUCAUAUUUUACUGAUACGGCGAACGAACCUCAACCGCCUCUACGGAUAGCAGACAUCUUGAUCAAUUGCCCUCAUUUGGUGACGUUGCAUAUUACCUAUCGAUUCGAUAUCGAUUUCAGUGCUGUCCCUCUGACCAAGACUUGGCCGCAACUCACGAUGUUAUUCCUGAGCCAUCGUAACAGCGACAUUUCCAAUGGCCAAUUCGUAGCCAUGUUGAAGCGACUACCUUCACUAUACAAGCUUGUGCUUUAUCCAUGCAUCGAAACACAGCCCAUGACGACGAUACAACGCUACUGCCCAUCCAUGAGAGAGCUUGAACUCGUAACAAAACGCACCGAAUCAUCACCAGCACGAUUGGAACACCAACACGAUGACCAGUGGAUACACGAAGGAGCUGGAUUGAAGAGAAUCACGCUUUUGGAAGAUACACAACAACAUGACGCUUGGAUAGAUAUGAGCGAGACGCUAAAGCAACAUCACAAUACACUUGUUCACCUUCGAUUGCGUUUGGAUUAUGCAGGCAACAACGACCAUGAGAUUUUCAGCUUGGAAUAUCCUUGUCUCAAAGCACUCAAUCUUCAAAUCAACAAUCUGAACAAUGUUUGCUUCGGAUGGUGGAUAAUUGAAAAGGCACCGCUUCUUGAGGAAUUGAAAAUUACAGCAGAUGUCAUCAGGUUGAAUCCUGUGCUACUCAAUUUCACACCACCACCUACUCUAAGAAAACUAGUGAUGCACCUUUAUGGUGUAACUCGCCCUGAUGACGUGACAGUGAUUGAACGAUUUCUGGGCUGCUUUAAUCAACAAAAAGAGGGGUGUUCGAUAAAGCAUUUAGCGCUGCGUUUCGACAACCGCGGUGGUGAUGAUGUUACUCCCGAUAUACUUCUUCCUUCCAUCUCCCAAUUGGACCAGCUUCAGCAUUUAGGGAUAUUGUAUUCUCCGAUAGAGCCAACGCUAUGGAUGUUUGAUGAUUUUAUAUUGAAGCUUGUGAAAGCGUGCCCAAACCUAUUAUCUCUUGAGACGGAUAAUGACAUCUCUUCUCGCGCUUAUGUCAUCAAAGACCUAAAAAGGUUUCAACAUUUACGACAUAUCACUUUUAGAAUGGAUGCCACUGGGUCCGAGAGUUCUAAGGGCGAAUGGGAUGAUUCUAAUCAAUGGUAUGCUUUUGGAACCUUUUCACAGCUAAGGUCUAUUCGCGUCUGGUCGUAUGGUGAGGUGAACCACGUCUUCAUAAGAUAUCUGAAAGCUCACAGACCUGACAUAAACGUUGUGGCCCUCUGA